GUCUCUUGCACAAAUUGUGGCUUGCCCAUUUUGAGGACCGCGAUUCAUCAAGCAAAGACCUUUCUGUCUGUCAAGCACUGCGAUGACGGGCUAGCCAGCAGACUCUUCCAUUACUCUCAAUAUCAUCCUAAACACCACCCAUCGUUCUUCCUUUUGUGUUUCGAGGAGUUUUACAUCACAACUCUUCCUCGAACAGACACCGAGCGUCUGCAAAGUUGGAGUCUCAGUGACCGACCCUAGCCAUGACUGACAGGAGACGGAUCAACGGGCCUGCGGCGGCCACCAUACCUCCCUUUUUUGAGGAUGCAGGUCUUCAGGAACUCAAGUCCGCAAAGGUCCGAUCACGGCCCCCAAAUGUGAUCCGAAAAAUGUACCUCAAGACGGGUGUAACCCCAUCCGCCUCUGGAUCGGCCUAUUUAGAGAUUGAGACCUCAGCGAAACCCGGUGUGUCCGGGCUGAAACUGAGCUGCUCUGUUCACGGGCCACGAUCGCUCCCAAGAUCAAGUCCCUUCUCCCCUCACAUUGUCCUCUCCACGCACGUCAAGUAUGCCCCAUUCGCAACGAAACAGAGACGCGGCUAUCUCCGCGAUCCCAGCGAGCGGGAUCUCAGCAUUCACCUUGAGGCUGCGCUCCGUGGUGCCAUCAUCGCUGACCGAUGGCCCAAGAGCGGGGUUGACAUCAUCAUCUCGAUCAUCGAGGGUGACCAAGACCGGGAAACGUCGAAGAGUCAGGGUGAGGAGGUGUGGGACAUGAUGAAUGCAUUGAGCGGUUGUAUCACCGUAGCCUCUGCUGCGCUUGCCGACGCGGGUAUUGACUGUGUUGACACAGUCGCAGGCGGUGUCGCUGCUCUGGUUCAAGAUGCAGAGGAUGCCUCUACGCCUAGCAUCGUCGUUGAUCCAAUCCCCUCUGAGCAUGAGAAGGUGUUGGCAGCUUGCUGCAUUGCCUACCUGCCUACUCGAGACGAGGUGACAAACCUCUGGUUCAGGGGUGAUCUGCCCGCCUCUGAUAUGGAGCUCUACACGAGCCUCGUCGAGAAAGGGGUGCAAGCGUCGAAAUACGCAAACCGCGUCCUUGUCGAGUGUCUCAGCGAAACCGUUGGAUGAGCUAGGCGCUAGUAGCAAACUACGAUAAUGGCGCCCGAUCGCAUACCGACUGAGUUUCUCCCAUGAAUCGCCGGCUCGUGCCCUAUGUACCUUAUAUUGGCAUCACGUCAUCUCCGUCAUCCCCUUCCCGGCAAUCGAUAGUUGGAUAAGACAGCCAUAGCAGCUUAUCCCGCGCUGCCAUCACCCCGCAGCCAUUGUC